AAUUAGACCACUUCAUUAUGAGUCAGAAACCGAAAAAUACGAUAUGGUGAGCACGAUAAUCAGCGAGGUGGUGAGUGUCGCCGCCCUGUGCUGGAUGUCAACAAACGCACGUGAGGCGCCGAGGCUGGGACGCCGCUGCUGCCGUCUCCUCGCCGCCGUGUGUGUGAGCCAGCAGGAGGGUUUGUGUGGCCCCACGGAGACACCAUGGGCCGCUCCAGGCUGAAGUACAAGGCCAAGCCGACUGUUGUGACGGAUGAUAGCGAGCUGAGGAAGAUUAAGGUUGAAAUUGACAGCAAUGAGAAGUAUGAUUCCAGCAAUGCCUUGGUUUUACCGUCUGCAAAGCGAUCAACUAAAAAGCUCCGUGACAAGAAUGCAACACCUGUUAAGCUCCUCUCCAAAAAGAAGAGGAAACUGCUUGAAAAAGUUAUUGAACAAAAGGAAAAGAAAGCCAAGCGAGCAGACCUCCUAGCGGCCCUGCAGGAGGUGAAGGCCAGCCCGCAGGAUCUGGCCAAGUUGACGCAACUGCAAACAACACAGACACUUGGUAGGAAGAAAUUCAUGUCAAGCGAUUACACCGUCAUCAACAAUAAUGAGGUGAACGGGGAGGACCAGGAGGCAGGGAGGGUUCCGAGCUGCAUCAGGAGAGGGAAGAAGCGAAGGAAGCAGCAGCAGGAGGAAGAGGAGGAGGAGGGAGAGGAGCAGGAGCGACAGCAGGCAGACCCUACAAUAGUCAGACUUGGUGAACUGUCCAGUAGCAGUGAUGAGAGUGAGGAGGAGGAAGAGGAAGAGCAAGAUGACAAAGAAGAAUCACAGAAGGGUGAAGAAAAUGAGGAGGCAGCAGGAAACAAAGGACCAGCAGUGGAAAAGAAACCAGAAGAGGAAGAAAAUGAAACUAGUAAAGAGAAAAAAGACAAAGACCCCAGCCACUCAGGGGAAGCAUCUGAGAAGCCCCGCAAGGCCAUCUACAUGAGUCUGAACCGCCCGGCCGAGGUGCAGGCGUCAAGGCUGAAGCUCCCGAUCCUGGCGGAGGAGCAGGCAGUGAUGGAGGCAGUGAGCGAGCACCCCGUCACUGUCCUCGUCGGUACCACGGGCAGCGGGAAGACUACUCAGGUGCCGCAGUUCCUAUAUGAGGCUGGGUACACCAGCGGCGGGCGGAUGAUUGGCAUAACAGAGCCCCGGCGGGUGGCAGCGGUGUCGAUGGCGCGGCGUGUGGGUGAGGAGAUGGGUCUGAGCGCCCGGGAGGUGUCAUACCAGAUCAGGUUUGAGGGCAACGCCACCUCGGACACCUGCAUCAAGUUCAUGACUGACGGAGUGCUGCUCAAGGAAAUACAGCUGGACCCCACACUGAAGAAGUACUCCGUCAUCAUCAUCGACGAGGCUCACGAACGGAGCGUCUUCUCGGACAUCCUCAUCGGCAUCCUCUCGCGCAUCAUCCCCCGACGCGAGGCUAAGGGCAACCCCCUCAAACUGAUCAUCAUGUCGGCCACUCUCAAGGUGGAGGACUUCACGCUCAACCCUCGCCUCUUCAAGGAACCCAAGCCGCCUGUCAUUAAGGUGGAGUCUCGGAUGUUUGACGUCACCAUCCACUACAACAAGCACACGGUGGAGGACUAUGUUGGGGAGGCGUACAAGAAGGCCUGCAAGAUCCACCGACAGCUGCCCGAAGGAGGGAUACUGGUCUUCCUCACAGGUCAGCAGGAGGUCAAUUCGCUGGUCAGGAAGCUUCGUACAACUUUCCCCUUAUCGGGUCGAGGAGGGAAGAAGGAGGAGGAGGAGGAGGAGGGCCCGGCCAAUGUCAGCGGCUACAGGAGGAGGAAGGAGGAGCGGAAGACCCAGAGGAAGGCGGAGAAAGAGACGCCCACCAGGAAGAUCAUACUGCCGGAGGUGAAGCUGGAGAACUUCAUCUCGGCGCUCCCUGACGAUGCUGAGGGGGAGGUUGAUGAUGGCAUUGGUGAGCUGGAGGACCGGGGCGCCAUUGACUGCGGGGACUCGGACCUUGAUCUUGACCUGGAGGAGGAGGGAGAGGAUAACGAGGGGCCCAGGGGAGGUGAGCAGCCACUGUGGGUGCUGCCCCUCUACUCCCUUCUUCCCCCUGAGAGACAGCAGUUGGUGUUCCAGCCGCCGCCGGAGGGAACGCGGCUGUGUGUGGUGGCGACCAAUGUGGCGGAGACGUCACUCACCCUCCCCAGCGUCAAGUAUGUGGUGGACAGCGGCCGCGUCAAGGAAAAGGUGUACGACAAGAUGACGGGUGUGUCCAUGUUCCAUGUGACCUGGACCUCCCAAGCCUCAGCCAACCAGAGGGCGGGCCGGGCGGGCAGGACAGCGCCAGGGCACUGCUACCGCCUCUACUCCUCCGCCGUGUUCAAUGAUGAGUUCGCAAAGUUCUCCAUGGCCGAGAUCCAGCGGCGGCCCAUUGACGACCUGGUGCUGGUGAUGAAGGCCAUGAACCUGCCCGUCAUCAACUUCCCCUUCCCGACACCCCCGGACCACCUCCAAGUGCGCCAUGCCAUGAAGAGGUUGCUGACGCUGGGUGCUCUGGAGGAGAUGCCUGAGCCUGCCGCCAAGACUGUCCAGGACAAGAAGAGGAUGAAGGGAGAGAAAGCCAAAGACUUGAGCCGCAUCACCUCCCUGGGCAAGGCCAUGGCAGCGUUCCCUCUGGCCCCACGUUAUGGCAAGAUGCUGGCCCUCAGCCACCAGCACAACCUCCUACCCUACACGGUGGCCCUGGUGGCGGCCCUCACCGUGCCCGAAGUCCUCAUUGAGACCCCGGUCGAUGUUAAGGAGUCUGUUGAUGAGAUACGCAAGAGGUGGCGUGGGAUAAGGCAGGUCUGGUCAGGAUCCGGGCAGGGGCAGCAGCUUGGGGAUGCCAUGGUUCUCCUGCGGGCAGUGGGGGCAGCUGAGCAGGCAGGAAGCGACCGAACCUGGUGUGAGAAAAAUGGACUGAGACACAAGGCAGUGGUGGAGAUCCGAAAGCUGCGUCGUCAGCUGACCAAUGAGAUCAACCUCAUCAUCCCGUCGUGUGACCUCCUCCUUGACCCUGACAUGCCCCCACCCACCGAGGAGCAGGCCAGACUGCUGCGACAGGUGGUGUUGGCUGGGACGGUGGACCACGUGGCUCGCCGGGUGGAUGACUGUGACCUCAAGACAGCUGAGGACAAGGUCAAGUGGAAACAUGCGUACAGGACCCAGGAAAUGGAGGAGCCGGUGUUCCUGUCCUCGUCGUCGGUGCUGUACAAGGAGCGGCCCAAGUGGGUGGUGUACCAGGAUGUGUACCAGACCCACAAGAUGUUCAUGAGGAACGUGACAGCCAUUGAAAACGAGUGGCUGCCAGUGUUUGCGCCAGCGUUGUGCACUCUCUCCCCGCCCCUGGAGACUCCUGAGCCACACUACGACCCACACAGGGAUGCCAUCCUUUGCCACUGCACCGCUACCUAUGGUCCUGCUGCAUGGGAGAUCCCGCAGGUGGAGGUGGAGUACCCUGCGGGGAGGGAGAUCUUCCGCUGGGUGGCCUACUACUUCCUCCUGGGUCAGCUGUGUCCUGUGCUUGCCCCCUUUGUGCAGUACCUCAACGAACCAAAGACUCUUAUCAGCCCCGUGGCCCUCAGGUUCCGCAAGGAGAGGGAGAGUCUGUUGCAGGCGCUCAUGAGCCGAGGGGCGACCACCCUUGCCAAACUGAAGGAGAUCUGGGCCUCUGAACCCAAGUACCUGCUGCGAGAGUACACACAGUGGCUGCAGAACAAGGAGCUGAAGCCUGAGGUGGCAAGGCUGUGGCCGCCCCUUGAGAAGGCUGCAGAGUCUGAGUGGAGCUGAUCAUGCUGUGUGUGGCUGUGGUGGCUGGAUGCCCCGCUGCACGGGCCGACUCAUCAACUCUGCAUUGUUGUGUAUUUUAUUGUAAUAUAAAUUUAAUGAUAAUUCUGGUAAUCUUGGAGGUGCCAUUGCACUUCAUCUUCAGAACAGUUGUGUGUGUGUAUAUAUGUUUUGUAAAAAUAUUGCACAUUGCCAGUGUUGAUAUUAAAUUAUUGUUUUGUGCCA